UAAAACCCCUAUUUUUCCCUUUCGUAUCCGGUCAUACUUUCCUGUCUCUAAACAUACCGCCGUAGUAGGGAAGAGAGAGUUCUAGAAUCCACCGGUGCGCUUUUGCUCGGUCAAUCCUUCCCACACUUCCUGCUCUGCGUCCUUCCGGUUUUCUGUUCUAUUGGACUUUAAUUGCUUCUUGCAACAAAAAUGAGCGUAGUAGGGUUUGAUGUUGGGAACGAGAGUGGUGUCGUUGCAGUUGCAAGACAGAGGGGAAUUGAUGUUGUUCUUAAUGAUGAAUCAAAGAGAGAAACUCCAGCUCUUGUUUGCUUUGGUGACAAGCAAAGAUUCAUUGGUACAGCUGGUGCUGCAUCUAGUCUGAUGAAUCCAAAGAACACAAUUUCUCAGGUAAAGAGAUUGAUUGGACGUCAAUUUUCAGAUCCCGAGUUGCAAAGGGAUAUCAAGUCUUUUCCUUUCUCUGUGACUGAAGGCCCUGAUGGAUUUCCAUUGAUCCAUGCUCGAUAUUUGGGGGAAAUGAGAACUUUCACACCCACCCAAGUUCUGGGAAUGGUGUUGUCAAAUCUGAAGAGCAUUGCAGAGAAAAAUCUGAAUGCUGCAGUAGUGGAUUGCUGCAUUGGGAUACCCAUCUAUUUUACUGAUCUCCAGAGAAGAGCAGUUAUGGAUGCUGCUACAAUUGCUGGUCUACACCCACUACGUCUCUUCCACGAAACUACAGCCACAGCAUUGGCUUAUGGUAUCUACAAGACUGAUUUACCUGAAAAUGAACCCCUAAAUGUUGCUUUUGUUGAUGUUGGACAUUCUAGCAUGCAAGUUUGCAUUGCCGCCUUCAAGAAAGGCCAGCUGAAGAUAUUGGCACAUUCAUUUGAUAGAUCACUUGGUGGAAGAGAUUUUGACGAAGUCCUUUUCCAGCACUUUGCUGCAAAAUUCAAGGAUGAAUACAAGAUUGAUGUCUUUCAGAAUGCCAGGGCUUGCCUUAGACUCCGCGCUGCCUGUGAGAAGUUGAAGAAGGUUUUAAGUGCUAAUCCUGAGGCACCUCUGAAUAUAGAGUGCUUGAUGGAUGAGAAGGAUGUCAGGGGUUUCAUUAAAAGAGAUGAAUUUGAGCAAAUUAGUAUUCCCAUAUUGGAAAGAGUGAAGAAGCCAUUGGAGAAAGCUAUUGCAGAAGCUGGUCUUGCAGUUGAAAAUAUUCACUCUAUUGAGGUUAUUGGGUCUGGAUCACGAGUCCCUGCUAUUAUUAAGAUUUUGACCGAGUUCUUUGGUAAGGAGCCUAGGCGUACAAUGAAUGCAAGUGAAUGUGUUGCUAAAGGCUGUGCAUUACAGUGUGCCAUACUCAGUCCAACAUUUAAAGUGCGAGAUUUUCAGGUCAAUGAGAGCUUCCCUUUCCCAAUUGCUUUGUCCUGGAAAGGACCUGCUCCAGAUGCCCAAAAUGGAGUUGCUGAAAAUCAACAGAGCACCAUUGUUUUCCCCAAGGGGAAUCCAAUACCAAGUGUGAAAGCUUUGACGUUCUACAGAUCUGGCACAUUUUCGAUUGAUGUACAGUAUGCUGAUGUCAGUGAACUACAGGCACCUUCAAAAAUCAGUACUUACACGAUUGGUCCUUUCCAAUCUGCAAAGGGCGAACGUGCAAAGCUGAAGGUUAAAGCACGCUUGAAUCUGCAUGGUAUUGUUUCUGUUGAGUCAGCAACUCUUCUAGAAGAAGAAGAGGUGGAAGUACCAGUUGUUAAAGAACAAUUAAAGGAAUCAACCAAAAUGGAAACUGAUGAUAUUCCUCCCCAAGAUUCCUCUGAAACUGAUGUUAACAUGCAAGAUGAUAAAGUCACAUCAGAUGCUUCUGAGAAUCAUGCCCCAGAGUCUGGAGACAAACCAGUUCAAAUGGAGACUGAUGCUAAGGCUGAGGCCCCAAAGAAAAAGGUCAAGAAAACAAAUGUACCAGUCUCAGAAUUGGUUUAUGGAGCAUUGUCACCUGCCGAUGUACAGAAGGCGGUGGAAAAAGAAUUUGAAAUGGCAUUGCAGGAUCGUAUCAUGGAAGAAACAAAGGACAAGAAGAAUGCUGUGGAGGCCUAUGUCUACGACAUGAGGAAUAAGCUCUUCGACAAGUAUCAAGAGUUUGUAGUUGAGUCGGAAAAAGAGCAGUUAAUUGCUAAACUUCAAGAGGUGGAAGAUUGGUUAUAUGAGGAUGGAGAAGACGAGACAAAAGGAGUCUACAUUGCCAAACUUGAGGAACUUAAAAAGCAAGGUGAUCCCAUUGAAGAGCGUUACAAGGAGUAUACGGAUAGGGGUACUGUCAUUGAUCAACUAGUCUAUUGCAUCAAUAGUUACAGAGAGGCUGCAAUGUCAAAUGAUGUAAAGUUUGAGCACAUUGAAUUAGCAGACAAGCAGAAGGUCAUGAAUGAGUGUGUUGAAGCUGAGGCUUGGUUGAGAGAGAAAAAGCAGCAACAGGAUGCGCUUCCAAAGUAUGCCACACCUGUUCUUUUGUCUGCUGAUAUCAGAAAGAAGGCUGAAGCUGUUGAUAGGCUUUGCAGGCCUAUAAUGACGAAACCCAAGCCAGCCAAGCCUACCACUACUGAACCAUCAUCACCACAAACUUCCCAAAGCAGUGAGAAACAUUCUCAAGGUGGAGAGGGCCCGAACCCCAAUGAAAAUACGGGCGAGGGAGCCGGAGCCGAAGCAACUUCUGCCACUGAGCCAAUGGAAACAGACAAGUCAGAAUCGGAGUCUGCUCCAAGUGGUGUGUAGGUUCAGUGGCUGGCUGCUUUGUUGUCUCUGAUGCAUUUUGCGAUGAUUCGGUUACUUGUACUCCUUCCCAUUCGGUCCUGAACAUUUUGAUGAAUCUAUAGUUGGCGGUGGCCAUAUUAUAUAUUCACUUGCAGAGUUUAUAUUUUGAUUUUGGAUUAUUAUGUAAAAGGAUUGGGAGUGUGUCUGAUUAACUGUUUAUCAUCAUUAGGGUGGGUGGUGGCUCACUAGAAUCCUGUUCUUCCUAGGGAUUUGCAAGUUUGGGUUCUACUAUUGUUUUUUCCUUGUUUCCCGUCACAGGGAAAAAGAUGAAUUUCAAAAUGUUUACGAUUUCUCACGAAUCUCAGUCUGCUUUUUAAAGAUUCAUUCUUGUGCUC